UUUCCGAGUACAGCAGAGCCACCCCCUCCUCCAUCUCUCGGACCAUCGGGGCAGCCGCUCUCCCUGGGGGGACGAGCUGGCCUGGAGGGCUACCGCCCCACUGCUGGAGAAUUUGGGAGCUCAGCUCCUCUGGCCCUGCUCCCCUCCCCUCCCCUGGGAUGAAGCCUCCCCCUCUUCUGACGGUCCUUUGCCUCCUGGUGGCCCUGGCUGGCGGGAACCUGGUCCAGUUCGGGGUGAUGAUCGAGAGGGUGACAGGGAAGUCGGCGCUGCAGUACACCGACUACGGCUGCUACUGCGGCAUCGGCGGCUCCCACUGGCCUGUGGAUGAGACGGACUGGUGCUGCCAUGCCCACGACUGCUGCUACGGGCGUCUGGAGAAGCAGGGCUGCGAGCCCAAGCUGGAGCGGUAUCUCUUCUCUGCCAGCAGGCACGGCGUCGUCUGUGCAGGCAGAACUGCCUGCCAGCGCCAGACCUGCGAGUGCGACAAGACGGCUGCGCUCUGCUUCCGCCAGCACCUGGGCACCUACAACCGCAAAUACGCCCACUACCCCAACAAGCUGUGCACAGGGCCCACCCCGCCCUGCUGAGGCCGUGCCCCACCUCCCCCCUGUGGCCUUCCGAGGCCCCCACCUCUGGCUGCUGCAGCCCCAGGCCUGGGGAACACGGGCACCAAGACCGUCCUUCUGAAAAAUUUCUGUCCUGCAAACCCAUCCGUCCCUGAGAACGCCCCCAGACUGUGACCUGGACGACCACGGCCUCCCAG